AUAGCGAGAAAAUCCAUUUAUCUCGUCCCCCUCUCUCUCUCAGGAAUCCUCUCUGGCCAGCGGCGAAACCCUCAGAUCGGUGAGGGAAGGAUCUUCUCGUUCCUCGAUUUCCAUCCGUCAAAGUAAUUCGUGUUGCCGUUAAUUUUCGCUAUGUCUCAGGUUGAUAACAGAAAUUCUUCGGCAGCUAAACGUGCCCGUACUGAUGGAGGACGCAGGGAAGAUGACUGGACCUGCCCUAGCUGUGGCAAUGUGAACUUCUCAUUUAGGACGACCUGUAACAUGCGAAACUGCACUCAACCAAGGCCUGCUCAUCACAACACUAAACCUGCUGUUAGACCUAUGGAAGCACAAGGCUUCUCUCCUGCAGCUCCUUAUGUAGGUUCUGGUGCACCCUCCUCAAUGUAUAUGGGUUUACCUCCUUAUGGAUCUUCACUAUUUGGAGGGACAUCUAUCGCCCCAUAUGAUAUGCCAUUCUCAGGGGGCUCUGCAUAUCAUUACAAUUAUGGAAGCCGUCUCUCUGGGGGAAGUCCAUAUCGCCCCUUGCAUUUUUCUGGGCCCCCUCCAUAUGGAGGUGGAUCAAUGAUGGGUACUGGUGGAAUCUAUGGCAUGCCACCUCUCAUGGAUCGAUAUGGUCUGGGCUUGCCUAUGAGCCCCACCAUGGGUCCAAGACCUGGUUUUUUGCCCGAGGACAAAUCUCUGAAGAAAGCUGGUGAUGCAACUCGUGACAAUGACUGGACAUGCCCCAAAUGUGGAAAUGUCAAUUUUUCAUUUAGAACGGUUUGCAACAUGAGGAAGUGCAACACACCUAAGCCUGGAUCUCAGGGAGCUAAAUCAGGCAAGAGUUCAAAACCAGACAUGCCAGAUGGAAGCUGGAAGUGUGAGAAAUGCAACAAUAUAAAUUAUCCUUUUAGGACCAAGUGCAACAGACAGAACUGUGGUGCUGAGAAACCUAUUGACUUAAAAAAAUCUCCAUCUGCUGCUGACGAGGAUGAUCAGUGAGUUCUAGGCAUGUUUGAGAAGGUCCAGAGUCUUCGUCCAGCUUGCUCAAUGUGGGUGUAUGAAAGUCAGUCAUGUCGUCAUCUCCUGUUGCAGCGAUUGUCAAAUACACUGCUUCACUGUUUGUGUCAUGUUUUUGUAUUAACUCUUAACGGUAUCAUGUGUCUUUAUCCUUGAAAAUUUACAUCCUGUGUCUAUGAGGUUGUGCUUGCCAGACAUCUAAUUACUCAGUUAUGUUUUAGGAUCGUGUACAUUUUCAAAUCUCAUUAUGGAGGUGCGAUAAUGUGCAAAUGGAGUUAUAUAUUUUUCA